CUGCAGGAGCUUCCUGAGCUGUGCGUGCCGCUGCAAAGGUUGAAGCGACACGGCUACGUUGUUGAAGUGCCGGUGGCCCCCUCCGCAGAGUAUACGCUCCCCCGCACGGUCGACUGCAGCCGCUGCGGCGUGCGGUUCAAUGUCGCCGAGAUAGCGAAGGAGGUGUCGUGCAGUUUCCACCCGGGGAAGCUCCAAACGACCACGUACAACAACCUGAACAUGGGUAAGAAGGUUUACGGCACAGACUAUACCAACCGGGCGCACCUGUGCUGCAGCGAGAUCAAGGGUCAGUCCAACGGCUGCAAGAAGUCGUCCCACCACGCGUACAAGUACAACGCGGCAAUCGAUCUUCACCUCUCGAAGCCCUUCCAAAAGAUCAACUCCCUCCGGAAAGCCCUAAACAUCAAGGACGACUCAAGGGCGCAGCUGUUGCGCAGGGAGAAGAUCAAGGCUGUCGGGAUCGACUGCGAGAUGUGCUACACAGACAAAGGCUUUGAAAUGAUGAAGCUCAGUAUCGUCGACUUCAAGACAGAGAAGAAGCUUGUAGACGCCAUUGUCCACCCGGACGGCGAUCUCAUUAUCGAUUUGAACUCGCACGUCUCUGGUGUCUUUGAGAUCCCGCAGAACGCCCUCACCUUCGACGAGGCCAUGGUCAAGUUGGCCCAGCUCACAGAUGAAGACACAAUCAUUGUUGGCCACGGACUCGAGAACGACCUCAACGUCCUCCGCCUGAUCUACCCGAAAAUAGUAGACACAGCAAUCCUUUUCAGCGAGAACCAGGUUGACGUAAGGAGAAAAGACCCGUUGAAAAAGUUGGCUUGGUCUUUUCUCAGUGAAAACAUUCAGGGGAGGGAGCACGAUUCUUUAGAGGACGCAAUCGUCCCGAUUCGUAUUGUGAAG